AUGAUCACGAAGGUCAAAAAGCUCAACCCGGCCACGACGGCCGUGCUCGUCUGCGACAUCCAGGAGCGGUUCCGCGACGUCAUCAUGGGCUUCGAGAGCCUCGUGAAGUGCAGCGGCUUCGUCGUCAAGUCGGCCGGUGAGCUGGGCAUGCCCGUCGUCGUCACGGAGCAAUACCCCAAGGCCUUCAAGAAGACGGUGCCCGAGAUCGCGUCGCUGCUCGACCCGGCCGGCGGCAACGUCUUCGAGAAGACGCUCUUCUCCAUGUGCACCGACGAGGUCAAGGCGCACCUGAAGAAGCUCGGCUGCACGUCGGCGAUCCUCUGCGGCCUCGAGACCCACGUCUGCGUGCUCCAGACGACGCUCGACCUCCUCGAGCUCGGCAUCGACGUCCACGUCUGCGCGGACGCGGUCUCGUCGCAGCGCGACUUCGACCGCACCGUCGCGCUGGCCCGCCUCGCGAGCUCCGGCGCCGUCGUCUCCACGUCCGAGUCCCUCGUCUUCCAGCUCCUCGGCAACAGCAGGCACCCCAACUUCAAGGCCAUCGCGCCCUUCGUCAAGGAGAACGCGGACGCGUCCAAGACCUCGGACCUCCAGCACCUCUAG